AUGGCCGCAGUAAAUAUACAAUUUGAUCCAAACCUAGUUGACGAAAGCAAGAGCUUAGAAAUUCUCGUUCCCGCUACAAUUUUAACUAUCUUGAUUGUAUCGUCCACAACCACGCGCCUUUUGACUAAAUUGUACCUUCGGAGGAGACUAGGCAUUGAAGAUUACUUCAUUAUUGUUGGCCUAGCGUUCAACUUGACUGGCAAUAUUCUGGAAAUGCGAUGCGUUCACAACGGUUUUGGCCGUCACCUUCAGUUCCUCACGAUGAGACAAAGAAGAGUGGUCAGGAAAUUUACUCAGUACGAUAUCAUGUGCGCCGGCGUCUCUAUAUGGGCCGUGAAAAUGUCCAUCAGUUUCUUCAUACUCACAUACCUCGCCAAUGUUCACCGACGUUUUAAAUGGUUCAUUUAUGGGUUGAUGGUCAUGUCAACGCUUGCUAGUUUCGGGCAACUCAUUGCCUGGGGUCUCCAAGCAAGGCCACUUGAGAAACUCUGGAAUCCCGAGGUACCGGGAACCAUCGCCAGUCCUCAUCCCCUCUUUGUUGUGCAUAUCACUACGACAGUUAUUGGUGGCAUAAUCGAUGUUUUCUAUGCUUUAUCUCCUAUAUACAUCAUUGGAAGAUUACAAAUGAGGCUCAGGAGGAAAAUCACUAUCCUCAGCUUAACGGGGUCAGGGAUUGUGAUUUUCAUCUUAUCCAUCACGCGCCUGAUAUUUGUGAAGACAUUCUUUGACCUAGAUUACUCCUGGAGCCUGUGCGAGCAGUUCAUCUUCUCCAUAUUCGAGCGAAACCUCGCGGAAUUCGUCGCAGAUCUUCCCGUCCUUUACCAUCUGCUCCGCAGAAUAUCCGAAAGAUUGGAAGGGCUGAAGGCUAGCCUUAAAGGACGCAACAAUGAGGCGAAGAACCGAUCCGAUAGCUCAAAAGAAAACGAAUUCUCACUUGUCACUAUUGGCGCCGCCGUUACACACCCACCCAGAAUAGCCGCCCUUGGAGGCUUCCGCGCUUACGGGAGGAAUGCUCAGAUUAGCGGGUUUGAAGCAGAAGCCUUCGAGGACGAGCUGCCUUUGAGAGAGGACUCUCCCCAUGCUCCUGAAGAGAAUGGGGCGAUUGUAGUAAAGACAGACGUCGAUGUAUGGUCAGAGAAUGAAAAUUCUCAGGCACGUGAGGAAAGGAAUAAGUCAAUUAUUUGGCCUCUAGAAUAA